AAGAGUGGAGCUGAGCGGAGAGCAGACACAGCUUCCUGGAUGGAAUCAAAACGCAGCAACAAAGCACACACUCUUUCACACCCACAUACACACACCUACACACAGGCCGUAAAGAAGCCAGCAGGACCUUUAAACAUGUUUUCAGUUGUUCUGUAAACCCGGUGCGUGUGUGAGACAGCGGUGACGGUGGUUCUGCGGUGACAGCGGAGAGGCUUCUACCAGCAGACUGUAUCAACACAUGUGUCUGUGCCACAGUUGGAGCACUGCGGCUGUGGAUCUGGACUCUUACUCUCAGUGGUAAACGGGAAAGGAACAUGGAGGCUGUCGCUCCUCUGCAUCCCCAGCAGAAGGGCUAGGAGCAGCCUGAUCCCUCCCUUACCCGCCUGCAUUGCCGCACCAUGGCCAGCAGGAGUCCAACCCUGAGUCAGGAUGCCGGGGAGUCGCAGGGGACCCCUGAGGCCGGGGUUCACCCUCAUCCAGGGCCCUUCUGCAAGCUGUGCCUCAGUGAACAGCCGUCUGCAGCCACCAGGGAACUCCAGAGCUGCAACUGUGUCUUCUGCAAAGCGUGUUUGGAGCAGUAUGUUCGGCUUGCCAUCAUGGAGGGAGGGGGGACACCCAUCACCUGCCCAGAUAUGGCCUGCCAAAAGACUGGAGUGCUACUGGACUCUGAGAUAGCCAGCUUGGCCUUGGAGGAUCAGUUGGAGCUGUAUCAGCGUCUGAAGUUUGAGAGAGGAGUGAAUUUGGACCCCAGUAAAGCCUGGUGUCCGGUGCUUGAAUGCCAGGCAGUGUGCAGUGUGCAGCAGAGCACUGAGGGCCAGCCCACUAAUGUGUCCUGCCCGACCUGUCUCACCAUCUUCUGCUCCGGGUGCAGAGGGCCCUGGUACGACGACCACACCUGCCCUGAGCAACAGACCAUGAUGUCACCGUCACUCGCUCAUGAAAGCAGGGCGCGCUCCGACAGUGACUCUGACCUGCCCAUCAAGCAGUGUCCUAUGUGUGCUAUUUACAUCGAGAGGAACCAGGGCUGUGCACAGAUGCUGUGUAAGAGCUGCAAACACACCUUCUGCUGGUACUGUCUGCAGAACCUGGAUGGUGAUAUCUUCCUGAGACAUUAUGAUAAGGGGCCGUGCAGAAACAAGCUGGGACAUUCGCGGGCCUCUGUUAUGUGGAACAGAACGCAGGUGGUGGGUAUCCUGGUGGGUGUUAGCAUCAUCGGACUGGUCACGUCUCCACUCAUCCUGCUGGCCUCUCCCAUCAUCCUCUGCUGCCUCUGCAAGCCCUGCAGCGGGAAGAAGGCGAAGAAAAAGAAAAAGAAGAAGGACCCCAGCCAGCCAGACUCCUCCACAUCAUAGCAGAUCGCCUUCUCAUCUGCCCUGCCCAAGGAAACCAAGAGAGGAUCAGAGCUGCAUGGGGGAAAAUAAUAAAGUUGGAAUGACAAUGGAUUACUUUUUCAUGACUCAACAGACUGGAAACCUUGUCAGUGGUUCAAUAAGUGCAGAGCUUUUUGAACUCUCAAAUAACAAGUACUUUAUGUGGUGGAAGUGUAAAUAUGAGGAGAAUGAAUGUAACUCACCUGCACAACAGGUACUAAGGAGACAGCGGCGACUGUGAGAGUUUUCCUGUACACACACACACACACACACACACACACACACACACACACACACACACACACACACACACACACACACACACACACACACACACACACACACACCAGACAAACACACAAAUGCAACGCCACCCUCAUGUGCCAAACGUCAUGAUGCCAAACCAGAGGAGUUAGGUGCUCAAGUGCCUCACUCCACAGUGCCUGGUGCUUGGUUGUAUUUGUUUUGCCUUCCAUUCUAUCUUUAUCUUAUGCUAAAAUGUUAGCAUUAUGAAAAUUAAAAACCGUCAGGAUUACAGAGGGUUGUGAACCCCCUAACAAUGCAAAACAUUCUUUCGUAAAGUGUGAAGGCUAACGCCCGGCCUCGUGUGUGCACUGUAUAAUCUGUACUGAUAUGAAAUAUGAUAGGGCUUCAACGGUGCACAGAGAACUUUCCUUCUGCUAAUGUUUGUUGUUUCCACCUGGAAUACGUUCCAGACCAAAGGCUCUAAAGGAUCACGUGUUCUUUUCUAAAGGUGUGUCAAUGUGUAUUUAUGGGUCAUGUGUGUAUGGUUAUCAAUUAUACAUUUUUGUUGAUGUUUCUGCAUCAGAUAUUUUAUAAAAAAAAGGGCCAUUGUAAUUGAAAUAAACAAACUAUAUUGAACAUUAA